CACACACACACACACACCGGCUCCCUCUGCUGCUGCUGCAAAACACAGCGCAUCCGCUCAGUUACCUGAUAAACACUCAUCAGCGGCGUCAGAUCAGGGCUAGAUUGGCUUCGGCUGGUUCUCAGCACAGAACUGAGUGAAGAUGAUCAAGCUUUUCUCGCUGAAGCAGCAGAAGAAGGACGAGGAGUCCGCCGGAGGAACGAGAGCCGGAGCCGGCGGAAAGAAGGCGAGCGCGGCCCAGCUGCGGAUACAGAAGGACAUCAAUGAGCUGAACCUGCCAAAGACGUGUGAGAUGGUGUUCCCCGACCAGGACGACCUGCUCAGCUUCAAGCUCAUCAUCUCCCCAGACGAGGGUUUCUAUAAAGGUGGGAAAUUUGUCUUCAGUUUUAAGGUAGGACAGGGAUACCCUCACGACCCUCCGAAAGUAAAAUGUGAAACGAUGGUCUAUCACCCCAACAUUGACCUCGAAGGCAACGUCUGUCUAAAUAUUCUGAGAGAAGACUGGAAGCCAGUGCUGACGAUUAACUCCAUCAUAUACGGACUGCAGUAUCUGUUCCUGGAGCCCAACCCUGAAGACCCCCUGAACAAAGAGGCGGCAGAGGUGCUGCAGACGAACCGGCGGCUCUUCGAGCAGAACGUCCAGCGCUCACUGCGCGGCGGAUACGUGGGCGCCACAUACUUCGAGCGCUGUCUCAAAUAGUCCACGCCGCCGGCCCUCACAUCCCAGAAUGCAUUUAUGGUUUACAUGCGCUGAAACGCACUGACCGACACACUGACCGCACACAGAAGGGGACGGGGGGGGCGCUGGUCAGUGACUGUUGCUCAGAGAAUCCAGUCGUAUUUUGCCACUAUGCUGGUACCCACUGUUUAUUUUUGCUAACUCAUCCUCCCACUCACAGAGAGCGAGACGGCAGACCCGUAUGACAGAGACACAUUCAGAUCAGUACACUUGUUUUCCAUUUCAAAGGCUUGAGGACUGAAUUAGUUUGGGCUUCGGCAACGGUGAACCUGCCUCCAGUCGCACGCAUUUAACUCUAAGUAGUCACUCAUUUUUACGUUUGCAGAAAAAGAUGUGUAUAGCAUCGCAUUCGACCAGUGCUGCCAAAUUGAUAUCCCGUUGAAGCUAGAGGCCGGUUAACACGAGAUCGGCAGGAUCCGUCUGCUAACUGGGCUGUUGUGAGCUUGGGAGACCUGCGAUGUUUUGCUCUAGUUUUCCUGGUUGGGAUGGGUGGGAUGGGAUUUUCCUGAGGAGGAUCGUCGUAGGGUUAGGAAGGGUUGCGUACAAUGUUACAAUUUUGUUGUGUAUAUUAAAAAAUCCCAGUUGUUCAUGAUGACUGCAAUAUGAAUUAUGUUAAAUAAAAUAUUGACUUGAAUGCC